CGGCUGCCCCACCCCCGACGGAUCUGCGCACGCGCGGGGGCCAUAUUAGCAGCGGAUACUCGGGCACUAUCGUGUCUUUCUCGUGGAGAAAGGUGCUCGGUGUCGGUCUUCAUUCUUCAGCGUCUUCCCUCCGGAAUUAUCAUAAACUUAAGAAAACAUGUCUCGAAGAUAUGACUCCAGGACCACUAUAUUUUCUCCAGAAGGUCGCUUGUAUCAAGUUGAAUAUGCCAUGGAAGCUAUUGGACACGCAGGCACCUGUUUGGGAAUUUUAGCAAACGAUGGUGUUCUGCUUGCAGCAGAGAGACGCAACAUCCACAAGCUUCUUGAUGAAGUCUUUUUUUCCGAAAAAAUUUAUAAACUGAAUGAGGAUAUGGCCUGUAGCGUGGCAGGCAUAACUUCUGACGCUAAUGUUCUGACCAAUGAACUGAGGCUUAUUGCGCAAAGGUAUUUAUUACAGUAUCAGGAGCCAAUUCCUUGUGAGCAGUUGGUCACAGCACUGUGUGAUAUCAAACAAGCUUAUACACAGUUUGGAGGAAAACGUCCUUUUGGUGUUUCAUUGCUUUACAUUGGCUGGGAUAAGCACUAUGGCUUUCAGCUCUAUCAGAGCGAUCCUAGUGGAAACUAUGGAGGUUGGAAAGCCACAUGCAUUGGAAAUAAUAGUGCUGCAGCUGUAUCAAUGUUAAAACAAGACUACAAAGAAGGAGAAAUGACUUUGAAGUCAGCACUUGCUUUAGCUAUCAAAGUCCUAAAUAAGACCAUGGAUGUUAGUAAGCUGUCUGCUGAAAAAGUGGAAAUUGCCACACUAACAAGAGAGAAUGGAAAGACUGUCAUCAGAGUUCUCAAACAAAAAGAAGUGGAACAGUUGAUCAAAAAACACGAGGAAGAAGAAGCUAAAGCUGAGCGUGAGAAGAAAGAAAAAGAACAGAAAGAAAAGGAUAAAUAGAAGACAAAAUCAGGGAUUUUAUAACUCAUUUGGGGCACCAUUUCAGUGUAAAGGCUGUCCUACUCUUCCACUUUGAGAAAGCUUUGACAAACUUUUUUAACUUGUCUAGUGGGAAAAUAGGAUGGUACCAACUGAAUUGGGUCCUUGUUAUUUCUGUCCAGGUGAAUAUUGUAAUAAUGAUUACUCUUUAUGGACAUCUUAAUCACCCUCUCCCUCUUUUUUUUUUUUUUUUUUUUUUGAAUAAAAUUUGGAAAGAAUGGAAA